UCAGGAAGUGAUACUAAGUGGAAUUUCUGCCUUUCCCCCCACGUGAGCCUCCACCGAAGCACCACGCGCAGCAGGACCGAACCGGCUGCUAACGGUCAGUAUAUCACCUCACUGAGAAGCAGCGGCGGCCGAGCUCUGGACCACAACGUAACUGCCGUACGGACGCGGCGGAGCGGAUAAUUGUAGUCUCAGGUCCAGACAGCGCGAGGAAGAUGGCGGACGACCCCAGCGCAGCGGACAGGAACGUGGAAAUCUGGAAGAUUAAGAAGUUGAUCAAAAGCCUUGAGGCGGCUAGAGGAAAUGGCACCAGUAUGAUUUCCCUCAUCAUCCCACCCAAGGAUCAGAUCUCACGUGUUGCCAAGAUGUUGGCUGACGAGUUCGGCACGGCUUCGAACAUCAAGAGCAGAGUCAACAGACUCUCCGUGCUGGGAGCCAUUACCUCAGUACAGCAGAGACUCAAACUCUACAACAAAGUGCCUCCUAAUGGCCUGGUGGUGUAUUGUGGCACCAUAGUGACAGAGGAAGGCAAAGAGAAGAAAGUAAACAUUGAUUUUGAGCCUUUUAAACCAAUCAACACAUCCUUGUAUUUAUGUGACAACAAGUUCCAUACUGAGGCUCUAACAGCGCUGUUGUCAGACGACAGCAAGUUUGGCUUCAUUGUGAUUGAUGGUAGUGGCGCCCUGUUUGGGACUUUACAAGGCAACACAAGGGAGGUGUUGCACAAAUUUACUGUGGACCUGCCCAAAAAACACGGUAGAGGAGGACAGUCUGCUCUUCGAUUUGCACGUUUGAGGAUGGAGAAGAGACAUAACUAUGUGCGUAAGGUAGCAGAGACGGCUGUGCAACUCUUCGUGUCCAAUGACAAGGUCAACGUGGCAGGACUGGUUCUUGCCGGAUCGGCCGACUUCAAGACGGAGCUCAGCCAGUCAGACAUGUUUGAUCCGAGGUUACAAGCGAAGGUUCUGAAGCUGGUUGACAUAUCGUAUGGAGGAGAGAACGGUUUCAACCAGGCCAUUGAGCUGUCAGCAGAAGUGCUGUCCAAUGUCAAGUUCAUCCAAGAAAAGAAACUAAUAGGUAGUCAGGAGCAUGAGCUGAUUGAGAGCAUGCCGCUGCUAGAGUGGUUCGCCAACAACUACAAGACGUUUGGGGCCACGCUGGAAAUCGUUACAGACAAAAGCCAGGAGGGUUCACAGUUUGUGAAAGGCUUUGGAGGCAUCGGUGGAAUCUUGCGGUACCGGGUGGACUUCCAAGGCAUGGAAUACCAGGGAGAUGAUGAUGAGUUCUUUGAUUUAGAUGACUACUAGGUAGUCGGGACUGACACAAAAUUCAAAUACAAGAUUUUCCCCCUUCACCUACCCCGCAAACGGCAGGGGAGCGAGGGAGAUCCAAUCAGCAGGAGGGAGAAUAAGAAUUUGAGAGGAUGGCGGAUGGUCUGUGUGUCCCUGGCUUUAGAAUACAGCGACUCCAUCUCUGGACUGGAAGAGACUGAGUUUUCUCCUCUUCACUAAUUACCGGGUCAUCGCAACAGCAUGGCCAUGGCCCGUCUGCCUGUCCUGCCUCAGCUCUUCAUGAAAACACUCUAGGUUUUCAGAUCUACUUUUUCUUCCCUUCUAAUCUCACUCCUUUUCUUCCGUUUGCCUCUCCUUUUAUAAUGGUAUCUGCUGCUGUUGUAUUUUAUUCAAAUGUAUUAUAUUUUCUCUUAUUCAGUGUAUGAAGAAAGCAGUAGCAAAUGAUUAGAUCUGUACUGCUUACCUCUAGCCACCUCAAGCCCAUUGUCAGGCCUGCGUUUUAAUUUCCCGGUUAGCCCAGACUUGAUUUGUUGCCUUGUUUCUGCUGUAAACCAGUGUGGUGGUGGUGAUGCACUCUGAGCCAGCGGUACACCCUGCUCCUCCCAUCGCAUUGUGCCCACAUUGAGGUAUUUCUUGCUCUCAAAUGGACCAUAUAGUAACUGGACCCAUCCCUUCUUGAAAACGGAGAACCAUCUUUCACAGUGCAUUUCCCUCACUUGUUUUCCUCAGCCCCCAGGAGAUGCUAGUUCUCAAAAUAAACUAUAUAUGAGUGCCUGAAUGUUGCCGUUUGUGAGAUAUGACAGCACAGUGUACCAGCAUCUGGACCCUAACUUCAGCCUCCUGCUGUUUCCGAACAUAAAAUCUUAGCUCCAGCCUUCAGCACUCAUUGGUAUUCGGCUUUAUGCAUGGGAAUGUCCUUUGGGACUGAUUGUGGGGGUGGGGUGGGGUGGGGGGGUUAUACUGUGUUAACUGUGAUGUGUGAGUGAGUAUGUGUCAGUUUGGCUGUUUAAUUCCCUUUUAAAAAGUCACAUCUCGGAGUGUGUGACCCGCCACAGAUUACAAGCCUCUAAGUUCUUUCCAUUUUGUCCAGUCAUAUUUUAACAACAGAAUGGUUUUAGAAAGA